GAAAGUAUUCUAUGUAUUCUCAGCAGCCCAGCCACAGAAAAGAAACCGGUGCACUAAGCGAAGAGGAAAAGAAAAAUAAAGAAAGAGAAUCGAUAGAGAUUUUAACAAACUAAGGAACUCACAACUUGAAUCAUCUAAACCUUAGGCAGUCGGCAGGAUAAGUAUGAAAAGGACCAUGGAGAGUUCAAGAAAGAUAGUAGGUAUCAGCUCCCGAUGCCCACAGGAUCAGUUUCAGUGGAUGAUAGAUAUGCUUACUUCACAUUUAUCUGAGCUUGUGUCAGAGGUGAAGUAUCUUCCAAUCACUAACGAGAACUCAGAUGAGUGGAAGAAAGAAGUGAAGCGAUAUUCUAUUGGGAUCUUAUACCACAGUCUGAAACAUGGACGGAUCAACAUUACUGAUGUGGAAGGCUCAUUGUAUGACAAGGAACUUUCCUAUAUGUCCCAAUGUCUAGACAAGGAGAAUGUUAUGGUUGUGUUGGAUGAUUUAGACCAUGCCAAAGUAGAGGAAAAAGAAAGAAUCCUAAGAACCCAGCCCAGCAUUAAAGAUUGUUCAUCUCUUCUCCUUCUAAUUGCAAAUAAGGAUAAACAAAGUGACUUUCUAUCCCAGAUUGAUGCCAUUUCUCAGCUUCUGAACAGAGUGAAACAUCAAAGCUCAAUGGGAAAUUUUCCAGCUAAAAAUCAUGGCCGCUCCAAACAAACUCACUCAUCAGAUGAUGGUGCAUCUCUAGAGUCCAGCAGGAAGAAUCUAAAGCUGGACAUUCCAUGUUCACAAAAGCAUUCAGUUGGUGUCUUCUCUAGAUGCGCAAAGAUUAAUUAUAAAUGGCUUGUGGUCAAGCUGGAAAGUAAGGCAUUUGGGAGCCUAGUGAAGGAGGUCCAUGCUGUGGAAAUAUCUAAUGAUGUUUCCCAUUUUCUUUCUGCUGUGAAUAACUGCACAUUUGCCAUUCUGUAUCAUUCACAAAACCAUGGACGUUUAAAUAUUAUUGGUGUGCCUGACUCCUUGUAUGACAGAGAGCUGAAGACUUUAUUUCAGAGCUUUGGCAAGAAGAAAGUCAUUGUGGUCAUUGAUGACUUGAAAGAUAGCAGUGCUGAGGUGAAGAGGAACAUACUCCAUGAACAGAAAAGCAUUGAGCAAUUUUCACAAGAACUUCUUCUCUUCAGUGAAACAGAAAAGGCUAGAAUUAAUACAUCUGACACUGUGUAUAGCAAACUAGAAAAACUCAAGCAAAUCUUGGAGACCAGCUGUGAUUUUACAGAGAACAGAGCACAACCUAGGAUGUCUCCUGUAGCCGCAGAAUGUGUUUCUGCUCAACAACUGAUGUUAGAAGAUUUAAAGAAAGAGAUGUCCAACCAGACCCAGCAGAUUAAAGAUUUAAAGAAUGGGAUGUCCAACCAGACUCAACAUAUUGUAGAUUUAAAGAAAGAGAUGUCCAACAAGACUCAACAUAUUGAAGAUUUAAAGAAAGAGAUGUCCAACCAGACUCAACAUAUUGAAGAUUUAAAGAAAGAGAUGUCCAACCAGACUCAACAUAUUGAAAAUUUAAAGAAAGAGAUGUCCAACAAGACUCAACAUAUUGAAGAUUUAAAGAAAGAGAUGUCCAACCAGACUCAACAUAUUGAAAAUUUAAAGAAAGAGAUGUCCAACAAGACUCAACAUAUUGAAGAUUUAAAGAAAGAGAUGUCCAACCAGACUCAACAUAUUGAAGAUUUAAAGAAAGAGAUGUCCAACAAGACUCAGAAGACUGAAGAGUUAAAGAAGGAGUUGCCCAACCAGGCCCAGCAGAUUGACAAGUUAAAUAAGGAAGAUUUUCAGCAGUCACAAUUGUAAGAAAAAUCACUGUGAAUUGUCCUCUCAGCAUAAUCAAAAUGUGGUAAAGCAAAUGGAGUCAGAAGACCAAAAGCCGCAGCCUCAUCUUUCAAAUACUGUUGCAGUGACACACAAUCCUACUCAUCAAAUUAUUUAUACUAGUAAAUCAUCAUACUGAGAAAAUGCUGAUCAACAGAAUGUGCUUACUUGAUUUCUACUAAAGCAGUUACAUUUUUCCUAAUAUGAACUGUAGGUUUAGCCCCCACACAAAUACAUCUACAACAAAAUGCAGUAAAUACUUAAAGGAACAGUUCAGUGUAAAAAUGAAAACUGGGUAAAUAGAUAGGCUGUGCAAAAUAAAAAAAACGUU